AUGGCCGACAUGAGGGAUACCGACGCGGCCGCUCCAGAACAGGCGUUACUGGAGCAUGAGAAGACCACGCCAGCUGCGGCUUCCAAUCGCACGCUGCUACAGCGCACCCUGUUUACUGGCCAGAUCUUGCUGUUGGUUGUCGUCAUCGCACAAUUCGUGCUGUUCUACAGAAACGAGCUGGGCUUCUCGUCAUGUCAUCUGCCUCAGUCCACCCCACGGUUCAAGACAGAUGUCGCCCUUUCGAAGGGCUUGCCGGAGUACUAUCAGACCUCUCCGGAACUAUGGGCUGGUCCGACUCCUACCGGCCCAGCGGCAUUCUUGGCGGCGACGAAUCCAGCGCCGUUUCCAUCAACCACUUACUUGCCAAAUGCACCACUGGAGACUCAAGUUCCGAUCAAAGGUCGGGUGCGCAAUGGCAACAUCUUCGAAAUGCACGGCCAGCUCUCGCACUACUUCCCGAACCCCGAUGGUUUCGGCGUGGACGAGUACGCGUUGCCGCAUAAUGCGAGCAUCGUGCAGUUGCACAUGCUGCAUCGCCACGGCGCUCGGUAUCCGACUGUAGGGGCCGGCGCUCAGCGACUUGGCGAGAAGCUUCAAGCCUACAAGGCCAGCACACACGGCGAAGUCUCCUUCACCGGCGAACUGUCAUUCCUAAAUGACUGGGAAUACAAGCUGGGCAACGAGAUUCUGGUGCCGAUAGGGAAGCAGGAGUUGUUCGAUUCUGGCACGCUUCAUCAGAUCAUGUACGGCCAUCUGUAUCCAAAUGAUGACACGAAGAUCCUCGUCCGCUCCACCACGCAGGACCGCAUGGUGCAGUCUGCCGAGUAUUUCCUGGCGGGGUUCUUUGGGCUGGACUGGCCGAAGAAUGCCACUCUUCUUCUGAACAGAGAGGACAUGCAUUACGUCCCCUGGAACAACACACUGGCUGGGUAUUACAACUGCCCGAACUCUCGAGCCCCUCCCAAUCGCGGAGGCCUCAAUGCCUCCCGCGAAUGGUACAACCUCUACAUGAACGACGCAGCGAAACGGCUCAAUGCAUCCUCUUCCGGCUUCCCUUGGCUCGCCAGCGAUGCGUACAACGCCCAGUCUCUUUGCGCAUACGAAACCGUUGCUCUUGGCUUCUCCCAAUUCUGUGGCCUGUUCACGUAUGAGGAAUGGGAAGGGUACGAAUACAGUAUCGACAUUAAUUUCGCGGGCGAAAAUGGCUUCCAAUCGCCCACCGGCCGGGCAAUCGGCAUCGGCUACGUGCAAGAAGUCAUCGCCCGCCUGGAACACCAUCUCAUCACCAAGCCAGCGGGAGUAGUCAACACCACCCUCGACGGCAACGAGGAGACAUUCCCCCUCGAUCAAACUCUCUAUCUAGACUUCACCCACGACACCAACAUCAUGUCUAUCCUCACAGCCUUCGGCCUGAAACAAUUCGCCGAAUUCCUACCCGCCACGCACCUCGUCCGCGACAGGCAAUUCAUCGUCUCACACAUGGAACCCUUCGCAGCCCGACUCGACAUCGAAAUCAUCGAAGCCCCCACACCCAUCGCAGGCGCCCGCAAAGCAGGAACAGCCUACGAAAAAGGCAAGCGCACAAAGUACGUCCACUUUAUUCUCAACCAGCGCACGCUGCCGCUCGGCGUAUCGUAUCCGGAGUGCGGCGAGCGAGAUGACGGAUGGUGUGAGCUGGAGACGUUUUUGAAGGUCAUGGGGACGAAGUUGGACGAGGCGCAGUUUGAGUAUGCUUGUUUUGGGGAGUAUGAGGCUGUGCCGUACGGGACGUUGACGGAUGGUGUGCCGCCGGGACGGAAGGGUUGA